AUGGUUUGGGAAAACCGGCGUAUAACGUUUGAGGAACAGUUGGACCCGGUAAAGAACAGCAACAUUUCACACGUGAAAAUAAAAACCUGAAAAACUGCCGCAAGAUGGACGACAAGGAUCGAAACAUUAUCAUCACCAAUUUGGAUGAACUUGUGAACAACACCAGCUAUUGUGCAUUGCGAACUGCAUGUAUAGAACAACAUAUGCUCUCGAAGACGAUGGCAUCUCGCAUUGAGAGUACGGCUCAAGAUGAAAGAACACGGCGUAAAAAAUUGUUUGAAAAAAUUACCAAACGCGGCCCGACGGCGUUCGAAACGCUGCUGAGCAUAUGUCAGCAGAAGUUUCCCAUAGCUUAUUCUAUACUGAAACCUUCCUCGAACGCCCAUUUAAUGCAUUCCACGCACAAUCCUCAACGUGUACCAUCGUUGAGUUGCAAUAUGGUUCCAAAAGCGUAUUCACAUCCCUCUCCAGAUGAUGAUGAUGUUGAUGAUGUUGACGAUUGCAAACAAAUCUUGCAAGUUUAUACAGAAAAGCUGCCAAAAUUGUUCACUGUCAAGCACUCCACUGGACCAAUGGAAGCACAUCCGGAAGUGCAGGCAUAUCCAAUGAAGAGCCGAAAGCGGGGCGUUGCUUUCAUUGUAAAUGUGAUCAACUUUUAUAACGAAGCACAUUCUAAAAGGAACGGUGCAAACAUCGAUGGAAGGAAUUUGAUUUCAUUAUUCCAGCAGCUUGGAUUCGUUGUGUUCUAUUACGAAGACAUUACGAAAAAUAAUUUGAAAAAAUUGUUAAAACAGUUGAAGAAAUCCCAAUACUUGUCCUGUGAUUGCUUUGCCUUUUACAUUCUCUCCCACGGCGAACGCGAAGAAGGCAUAGACUCCGUUUUUCUGCACGAUUCGCAAAUACGCGUCGAAGAUAUUUUGGCUGAGUUUACUACCAUUAACUGUCCGAGAUUGAUCCAUAAGCCAAAAUUAUUUUUCAUAUCAAUGUGUCGUGGAGAACAACCCGACUAUGGAUUGUUAGUGAACACGGAGCGUGAUGGUAUGGUUGAUUUGAAGAAACCACAACCAUCAAACAUUGCCACUUACUGUGACAUGCUGGUGUGUUACGCGACUGUACCAGGAUUUGCCGCACAUCGGGAUACCAAAACGGGAUCAUGGUUCGUCGAAAGUAUGUGCGAAGUUUGGUCCGAGCACGCACAUAAUACUGAUGUCGAAAUGCUGAUGAAGCUGGUUGGCAAACGUGCUGCCAAUUAUCGUACGAAGCACGAAGCGAUGCAGACCUCCUCUACCGAGCAGAGAGGAUUUCACAAACAACUGUACUUAAAUCCUGGCUAUUACGAGAAUGCUACAGAAUUAUGAUUUAUAUAUGCUAAAAACACUUGAUCUGCUGCCAGAGCUCUCUUAACCGCUCAUAUCCAGUCCGUUAUCCCAGCGCUACUGAGGGAUGAAUCAUCAUGAUAUUCCAACUCAGGCGGGUUAAGUUCGUUGUGAAGAUAGUGAGUUUAUCUUCCCGAUCGGGAGUCAAUACCCUCCAUAGGAGUAAGCAUCAUUUAUAGAAAUAUGCAUAACAUAAUACUGGCGUAUUGCAUAGUGCCUUUAUUGUUCAGGGAAUGAUAUCCUAUCGGCAUGUUACUGUGCCAUUU